AUGAUUGGCUUAAAGACGCCAUUUCGGGAUGGCUUAUUAAGACAUAUUGCUAAAGAUGUUCUAAAGCUGGCUAAGGAUGGCUUGGAAAGAAGAAGUUACAAAGAAGCUAGAUUUCUGAGAGAAGUGGCUGAGGUGGUUAAUUCAGGAGAACUCAAACUAGGAAAGUUACUGGACUCACCUCCCCCAGGACUGGAUGAAGCAAUUGCAAUCUCAAAGUAUGCGUUUGGAUCUGCACCAUCCUGGCUCUUAUGGAUAAGAUACAACACCUUUUUGAUCUUAUACCCUCCUGGCAUCACAAGCGAGGACGGCAUGAUAUUUAUAGCUCUGGCCUACAUCAAGGCCUCUGAAAAAUACUUUAUUAGGAUACCAAACAAGUGGAACUUCUCUUUCGAUUAUUUCUAUGCAGCUAUCAUUGCUCUUGGAAAUUAUGUGCCAAGGAGUCCACACAUGUAUACUUACAUGCUAGGGCAGCGAAAGAAGGAUCUUUCAAAGGCAAAGAUGGAAUGA